AUGACCUGCUUCAAGGGUUUUUGCCGGAGUGGGCCAUGGCGAAUCGAUGCACGCUGGGAAAGGAUGGAACUCGAUCGCGAUAUGGAGGCAAGCAUCUCCAAUUUGCUGGUGGUGCCCCCCAUUUGCACGGCAACUCUCUACUGCAGUGAAGAGACACCGUCCGACUACCUCAGACACCGGGUGGCUGAAAUCGUGGCUGCAAACCCCUGGCUUGCGGGACGACUUUGUCAGGAGGGGUCGCAGUUCGCUUGUCCGUUUCUGACAUUUCCGCAAUGCCCAGCUUCGGAGCACUUCGUGGACCUGCCGGAGCUGAGCGCGGCGCAAAGCGCCCGCGUGGAGGCGGAGAUGAGCGGCUCGGAGCUCCUGGAGCUCUCGAAGCACGUGCAGAAGAUCCCCGAAGCCACGAUUACUUGUGGGCUGUCGGCGAUAAAUCGCGACGAGGCGCUUUUCAGAGUUGCACUUCUUCCUACCGAUCGGCAUUUCAUUCUUGUCGUAUCUUUAAACCACACCAUUGGUGACGGGUUCACCUUCUACAGGCUGUACGCCAUGCUGGAUCCACAGGUGCAGGUAGUCAGCUUGAGCCCCCUCCGCCGCCCUGGAUUCGCGCAAGAUGCAAUGAAAGUCUGUGGAAAGCGUCAGUUUAACUGGCUGACAAGUUGCCCAACACUUCUUGGCCUGCUCCGCACCUUCUGCUUGUGGUAUCCCUCUCGGCCUGAACUGCACCUUGUAAACCAAGCCGGUAUAUCGAGUCAGAAGAAAAAGUCUCCGACGGUCUCGGCGAACGACAUACUGACUUCACAUCUCCUGAUGCUGUCGCAGUUCGGGUAUGGGUACAUGUCAAUCAACCUGCGUGAUCGGGGCCUGGGUGUUACGAACAUCAACGCCGGCAACUAUGUCCACCGAGUGCAUCUCCAGCCGGCCGACUUCUCUGAAGCUGCAAAGGUUCGGCAGGCACUGUCCCGCUAUCUGACAGGGGGGGCUGAUGACGUGCCCGACUGCUGGGGCUCGAUGAUGACACGACAUGGGCUGGUAUCGAAUUGGGCAGGCCUAUACCACGAGGUCCUGCUGCCACGAUCCGUUCAAAGGGUACACAUCCCGGUCAUUGCACACCCACAGCCGGGCUUUGGCUUUUUCAUAAUCUUCAGGCCAAAGAAGGACGAGCUGGCAGUGUACUAUUGCCUUCGCAGCAGGAGUGCGAUGGAUGAGCUAUUGAAGUCUCCGCUUCUUACGCGGCUGGUUGUUCCUGUCGAAGAAUUUUCCAGCUCAGAGUCCGGCCCCACCGACAAACAUGAUGUCAAAAAGUUUGGCCGCUACAACGCUGCUGAUCUUCGGUCAGCUCUGAUUCUGAAGUUCGUCCUUCAACCAGCUCCUGAGCUCGCGAAGACUUUGCAAGAGGUUCGCAGUGCCGUGGGCCGUUUCGAGGCGCCUGGGCUACCUAUGUACAUCUUGCGGCCAGGGGCCAGCGAGGAGCAGGGUUGGCUGUGGGUGUUGGGACUGGGCUCCGAUGUGCUGCGUCGUCUCCGUGGAGUCUUGCAGACGUGCCAGGAGCCAAAGUUCACCUCCUUCCUUGAGCUUCUGACCUGUGCAGCUCGUCGCAAGAACAGGUCGACAUCUGCCUUGCGGGCCGCUUUUACCUACCUGGACAAGCAGCUCAGGCCUUCUGAAGUUUCUCCGCGGCUCACCCUCGCGUCGUACUGGCACUCGGGUGAGGUAGUGCAGUGUGUGCAACGAGCCGGUCGCACAGGCUGGAUUGUCUUGGUGGGAGAUGCCGCAUGCGGAAAGCCUUUCUAUUUUGGGUCCAACCUGAAUGGACAUUUUCAAGAUGCGAUGGCCCUAUUGUCGGUGCCUUGGGUGGACUGGAGUGCUGAAUGUGCUGAAGGCGCACAUGGACAAGCACGCCCUGUCGAGGAGCCCUUCAAGCGGUAUGCUGCCGAAUAUCGCCGGCGUAUUGCUGAAAGCAAAGGCUUCCAAAGUGUCAAAGGAUCCAGUGCAAAGAUCGCUGUGUGA